GUGGUUAGCAGGCACCUUCAAGUGUUGCCUCACCCGCCCGACACUGUUCUUCAUCCUUGUCUUAAAGACAAUACAAGUACAACUGCAAACCAACCGCAUGAAUUCUCUACUGCCAUUUUUAUUCCAUUUUCAUUUUUCUUAAAACAAAUACGUUUUGUUUUGUUAUUUACGAUUAUAUUGAUAGUUUAGUUAUCUGCUAUGCGUCAGCAGUCCGUUACACCCAAGGAAAAAUAGGCCUUCCAUGUUCAACAUCCGUCUGGGCGGUAUCAACGUCAGCUGGCCUUGUCUCUCGUUAGAGAGCUGAGAAUCAUUCCUUUUUAUUGAGAUCUGCAUUUGAACAGUGAAGAUUUCAGGUUUUAUAAUCUGGGUUCUGUUCAGACUUCAGAGCUGUGAAGCAACUGGAACUGGGUUCUGUUCAUAGUUUUCCGCAGAGUUAGCUUCCUGGACAUGAAUUAGUUUCUGUUUCAUUUUUAAAUUCAACUGGUCAAAGCUGAGAAAUUUUAUGCUUUCAGUUAUUGGACUGAUAGUUUCCUUCAGCUUCUAUUGGCUCUCAGGGUUUGAAACUGAAGUCUGUCAGGAAUACCAGGCCUAAAUUUCCCUCAUAGCUUUGUUAGGGGGGCUCUUCCCAGUUCGUUGGAGAUGCAAAGAUGGAGAAAACACAAAAGAUCACUCAGUACAGAGAGAGGCUGGACAGGACACUGGCAUCUCCUAAUCUAACAAAUAAGGAGGCCUUAAAACUCCUUGUCAAGAAACAGCUGAUUCGUUCUUCCGAAAAUGAAAUUGGAGGAUGUAAUGAGAAUGUGAUAGAAGAAAAGACUGCUGAAGUAUCCAAUUUACUUGACAUGUUGAGGAGUGCUUGCAUUGUUGAUGACAAGGGAUUGACUACUUGUGAGACCACAUCACAUCCUGAAUGGAAAUUAAAACAUGAUAAUGAACAGUUCCGUGUUAUGUAUCGCGAGGGAAUCCAAGGCACUCCCUUUCAUACAUUACUUGUUGAAGGCUACGUAGACGGAUCUGUAGAUGACUGUUUAUGCGCCUCAUGGGAAGCAGACCUUUACAAGAAAUGGUGGCCUCAGUCUACCAUUCCAACUUUCAAAAUUCUCUCUGCCAAAUGUUUGCAGAAGGUCCGGAUUGGUGAACAGAUUUCUUUAGUGAGGAUGAAGGUUCCAUGGCCACUUUCACCUAGGGAGGCUGUUGUACACUAUUUUAUGUUUGAGUACUUCCAAGAAGAUCUGAUUGUUGUUCUCUUAAAAUCGGUCUCUGAUUCGGAAAGCAUUGAUGGUGUUCGUGGUCUCACAAAUGAGGAAACUGCUGGAGCAAAGGAUUUGGUAAGGAUAGAUGUGGUGGGUGGCUUUGCUAUACAGAAGGUUACCAAAGAAAGAAGUUACUUUCGGACAAUAGCAACUAUGGAUAUAAAAAUGGACUUUGUCCCGCCAUCCCUUAUAAAUUUUUUCUCAAGGCAGCUCAUUGGCAAUGGUUUCCGACUCUAUCAAAAGGCAGUGUCUUCUAAGCUUAACUGUGAUGGAGAUUACAGUAAGGCCUUGGAAGGCCCGCUGUACACUCAGAUACGUGAAGCUCUUUUUCCACUUAAUGAACCAAACAGACCUCUGGAAGGAGAAAGGCUAAACAGUGACACGUCCAAUCUCUCUGAAGAACAUCUAAUGAAAAAUCAGAUGAGUGACCUGAAGUUGGUGGAUAUGGAUCAGAAAGUUGAAAAUGAUCAACCUGCAAGUGAAGCUGCCCCAGAUGAUGCACAAGUUCACCCUGUAAGUAAAUUGAUGUCAGAUGAUGCAUUAGUUACUGGCAGAAGCACUUUUGGUGAGAUUGAGGAGGUAGAGAGCAAAGACGGCUGGCAGCUUGAGAAUCAAACAUCCAACAGAGUUGCAGAAAAGGGUCUAGUAAAUGGAAAGAGAAAUGUUGUUAUCAGUUCUGAGGUAGAACAAGCUUUAGGAACAUUAGAAAAGGUAAUUUAUAAGGUUCGAAAAAAUGGGUUGAAUGCUCAAAUUCGGUCCUCUUCUGGCUUCACCAAUGAAAUCCCCCGAAAGGAAACUGAUGGAGGUAACCCAAAAGCCUUAGAAAGUGGAGUGUGUAUAAGUGGUGAACGUUUUGUUGAAGCAUCUAAAGAAGUCAUUGAGAGGACUUUGCCUAAGUCUGUGACAAAUAGCUCUGGCAUUCACAACUUAAGCUAUGCAGGAUCAAAUUCUCUGUCAAAGGAAGUUAACCAGAACAGAAUAGUACCUACUUCCCUAGAGCAGGAACUUUCAAUUUCUUGUGAUAAUAACCAGUCUGCCUUGCGUUCCUCCAAAUAUGGGACUGCAGAGGUACCAGUAUUGGACUUGGAUGAUAUUAUGAACAGUACCACCAACCACAUGAGCUCCAAGGCAAAUGGCAUGGAUGAAAGUGGCCCUAAUAGAGCAAAGAAGAUGAGGCAGCAACGAAAGCAUCGGUACUGUUGCUUCAGCAUGAAUUAAAGACAGGCAAUUUUUUUGGGAAGUUGAAAAUGCAAGAGUCUUAGUUUUGUUAAGUCACUCUACAUUGUAAGCCUAAUAGAUGACUGAAGAGUGGAUUUGUAACAUUUUACUUAUAGAAUGUUUAAAUGUAUAAUACAUUGUUUAGAAGGUCCACGAGGCAGUGAAGGAUGUACCAAUAUCUUAGAAUAAUCAUUUACAUAAUAAGUAGUAAUGCAAAAUUUAUUUUUUAAUAUAGAACA